GUUUGAAAAAAAAAAUAUCAAACGAACAAAAACGAAAUCCAUAUCAAAAUGAAAUGUGUUGAGCAACUAAAUUGUAUUAAAUAUUGAAAAUAAAAUUUUAAUUCAAAUUUUGUUGAAAGAAACCAAAAACAAAUUUAUGUUGGUUAAUGCAAAAAAUAAAUUAAAGAAAACAAAAUAACAAAAAACCCAACCUCGUCAUAGUUUACGACCACAACGAGGAGGAAUACGUACGUAAGAAAUAAAAACACAAAAAAAUAAAAACAAAUUCCAACGGUGCAGUGGCUUGUGAGUUAACGCGGCUCAAUACAAUUCGUUUAAGCGUCAGUGACUUCGUGCGGGAAAAGACAGAUUUCGUUAAACAAAAAUAAUAAAUAAAAUUUUGUUAAAUAUUUAAACCGAAUUAUAUUGUGUUGCAUUCUAUUCUUGUAAAUGAUUUAUUUUUCUUAGUUAUACAUAAUUAAUUAUACUCUUUUUUUUUAAUUUAAGUUACAAUUGUGAUAAAAAUAUAUUUAAUAAAUCUAAAAAUAAGUCUGCCAUAUAUAUACACAAACAUAUACAUACACAUAUAUUUUUAUAAAAAAAAAACGAAAAGAUAUAAAUGUAAACAAGGACCAACAAGUAUUGCAAGUAAUAUAAAAGAAAAGAAAAAACAAAAUAAAAUAAAUUAAAAUUAAUAAUAAGAAAAAGUGCCUUAAAAUUUAAAAUUUAAUUAAAUUUAUUGACAAAAUACUUAUUUAACAAGUAUUCUGUAAAACAAAAAAAAAAAAAAAAAAGAAAAAGAGCGUAAGAGAGCAAGAGAAGAAUAAAUAAUAAAUAAAAUAAAAUAGUGCAAAAACAAUUGUGUUACCAUGAAAUAAAACGCUGCUAACUGUAAAAGAAACUCAAUAUCUUUGUUAUGGUUUCAUCAAGCUUACAUUUCUCAUUGCACAUCAUGAUGUGAUUCUGUCCCGUUCAAUUCAUUUACAACAAUAUACAGAAAUACAUUGACCUCUUCCUGGGUAAUGUAAUUUGAGACAAGUUGAGAACUUAAAGUGUGCCAUACCACCAAGGAUUCCAAAAACCGAAUUAAAUCAGCCACAGAAUACAAACAAAAGUAUAAACAAGUUUAUUGACAAUAUAUCAAAUAUUCAAUAUUCAUAUUUGUAACGGUCACAACGAACAAAUUUAACCACAAAUGCCGUCCUUUUGAAACUGAAAUUAAAACUGAGAUUAAAGUGCCUUCUUAUUAUAUUAACAUUAACAUUAUUAUACUUCCAUUUACAUUACAUAAACAUCGAUAAGUAAACAAACAUACAUACAUAUAUACAUAAAUAUUAUGUACACGUAGCAGAUUAAGUUAUACAUAAAUACAUAUAUACAAAUAUUCAUCGCAUAUUUUUUAUAUUCGUAAACAACUUUUACAUUCUUCGUUACUUUUAAGAGCCAUAUUUAGACAUACGAUACAUAAAUGGGAUUAGAUCCCUAGCAGAAGUUGCUACAAAAGAGACGAGAAACAAGUGCAAUUUUUUUUGUAAAAGAACCCUAAACUAGGGGAAACAGUUUUAACUUUGAUUCUAAGAAUCUAUUUGUCAUUUGGCAUAAGAUGUCAUCAUCGCCUGCUACAACAAGUGUUAUAACUGCAAACGAACUUGCUUUAACGGCGGCUCAAGCCAAUAUGCAUCAUCGUGGUGGACACAUGAAUGAAGCACCUCUUUCGCCAGCUCGUGCUAAUUCCGUAUCGGUGGCUGGUGCAACUGGCACAACGACAGGAAAUAUAGUUUCAACAAGUAUGGCCAAUUCGGGUGCUGGGACGGGCAAUGGCUUGCCGUUGAUAUCACCGAAUGCAAUGCAUCGUUCACCCGACAGUCCUCAGCCGGAAUUGGCUACCAUGACAAAUGUAAAUGUUUUAGACUUGCACACAGAUUCAUCGAAACUUUACGAUAAAGAUGCCGUUUUUAUCUAUGAAAGUCCAAAAGUUGUAAUGACCGGUGGUAGUCAACAAGACGAUCAUGUUAUUGAUGCUCGCAUGGUGGCUCAGUUAAAUCAGCAACAGUCUGCUGUACAAACAGCUCACGAGAAUCAACCAUUGGCCAAGAUUGAGUUUGAUGAAAAUCAAAUAAUACGCGUGGUAGGCCCAAAUGGAGAACAGCAACAGAUUAUUUCGCGAGAAAUCAUAAAUGGAGAACAUCAUAUUUUAUCGCGGAACGAGGCUGGCGAACACAUUCUCACUCGUAUUGUUAGUGAUCCAUCUAAGUUGAUGCCGAACGAUAAUGCUGUAGCUGCAGCCAUGUUUAAUCAGGCACAGAAGCUGGCCAAUGAUCACAAUGUUUACCAGACCUCGCCACUGGAUGCCUCUGUUCUUCAGCACUAUGACUCCGAAGCCGUGGUUAAAACUGAAGUUGAUAUAUAUGACGAACAAAAGAAACACAAUGCCGGGCAAAUUAUCUACACAACAUCUGAUCAAGAUGGCGGCGGCGGUGGUGGAGGUGGUAACACGAAACAAUUGUCUCACUUGCCCAUGGGUACCAAACUGGACCCCGAUAUGUAUCCGUCAGAUAAACAUAUCGAUUUGAUCUACAACGAUGGCAACAAAACCGUCAUCUACACUACAACUUCGGAUCAGAAGGGCUUAGAAAUUUAUUCUGGCAGUGAUUUAAGCGGUUUAGUGGCCGAUGGCCAAGUCGUAGUACAAGGUGGUUUACAAUAUGCCGGUUCCGGCGGUGCUGGUGGCCAGCCCGUUUAUAUUGUAUCAGAUGGUGCCUUGCCACCUGGUGUGGAAGGUCAUAUUCAAAGUGCUCCCAGUGCAAAGCUAAACGGUCAAACCACACCUCUUGAUGUGUCGAGCCUAUCGCAAAACGAGAUACAAGGCUUAUUGCUUGGCUCACACCCAUCAGCAACAACGGCUGCUGUGGCGGCUGCUGCCGCAAAUGUCACCACAACAACAACUCUAGCACAACAACAGCAGCAGCAACAACAACAACAGCAGCAGCAAUCAACCAUAGUUAGUGCAGCUGGUGGGGGUACGGGUACAGUGGUCAUAACAGCUGAUCAACAUCGUCAACAGGCCACUACGACCACGAUAAACAUUAAAAGGGAACCGGAAGAUUUACGUAAAGAUCCUAAAAAUGGUACCGCUAGUAAUGGCUCAACAGCCAGUAGCGGACAAAAGGUUAUUGUAUUACAACAAUCACCAUCGCCCACACAAAUACAUAUCAAAGAACCGCCACUUAGUCCUGGAAGCCCAACAAAUCAUACAGAAACCAUGUACGCUGCCGGCGGCGGCACUCAAAUUUAUCUGCAGGGUCCUCAUCAAAACUCCGCAGCUGGACCAGGCAGCAAUGUAAACACACAAACACCCAGCCCCGGACCUUAUAUUGGAGCCGAUGGCUAUGGCAUGUAUACAACUAGUCGCUUGACAACAGCUCCAACCACCACAUUCAUCUCGGAACCCUACUAUCGUGAAUAUUUCCCAACAGAUGGUCAAGGUUAUGCACCUACCCGCACUAUAUACGGCGACAGUGAAGGUCCCCAUCCGGGUACCACUUAUGAAGGACGUUUCACUACCACAACCACCAACAGUGGUAUACCACCUCCCCAUCCAUCAGCGAAUGUAACGAAAAACAAUGGUGGCACCCCCAUCUAUGCAAAGACAGUAACAGCUGCUGGCCUCACAGUCGACUUACCCAGUCCGGAUUCCGGCAUAGGAGCAGACGCUAUUACACCCCGAGAUCAAAACAAUAUACAACAGUCCUUCGAUUAUACGGAACUUUGUCAGCCCGGUUCAUUGCUGGAUAACAAUGGCGGCAUACCGGUUUCGGUCAAUAGCAUACAACGUGGUGCUGUCAGUGUUCAUGGUGGCCAAAAUAGUCCCACAACCUCAUUAGGUGGCACCAGUGCUAAUGGUAGUGCUACACGUUCCAGGCCAUGGCACGAUUUUGGUCGACAAAAUGAUGCUGAUAAAAUACAAAUACCAAAAAUAUUCACAAAUGUUGGUUUCAGAUAUCAUCUAGAGUCGCCAAUAAGUUCAUCCCAAAGACGAGAAGAUGAUCGAAUAACCUACAUCAACAAGGGACAAUUCUAUGGCAUCACCUUGGAAUAUAUACCCGAUCCCGAUAAGCCCAUCAAAAAUACAACAGUUAAGAGUGUGAUUAUGUUAAUGUUCCGUGAAGAGAAAUCGCCUGAAGAUGAAAUUAAAGCCUGGCAAUUUUGGCACAGUCGACAACAUUCUGUGAAACAAAGAAUCUUAGAUGCAGAUACCAAGAACUCAGUGGGUUUAGUUGGCUGCAUUGAGGAAGUCUCCCACAAUGCCAUAGCAGUCUAUUGGAAUCCUUUAGAAAGUUCUGCAAAGAUAAAUAUCGCCGUGCAAUGUUUAAGUACAGAUUUUAGCAGUCAAAAGGGUGUGAAGGGUUUACCACUACAUGUACAAAUCGAUACAUUUGAAGAUCCUCGUGAUGCCCAAGUCUUCCAUCGAGGCUAUUGUCAAAUUAAAGUUUUCUGCGAUAAGGGUGCCGAACGUAAAACUCGUGAUGAGGAACGGCGUGCUGCUAAGCGUAAAAUGACCGCUACGGGACGUAAAAAAUUAGACGAACUUUAUCAUCCGGUUACAGAUCGUUCAGAGUUUUAUACAAUGCAGGAUCUUACCAAGCCGCCGGUAUUAUUUUCACCAGCCGACGAUUUGGAUAAGGGCUUCUAUGGCCAUGAGUCUGAUGGAGCGCCAGAUUUAAAAGGUGCCUCACCAUUCCUCUUGCAUGGACAAAAGGUAGCCACGCCAACAUUGAAAUUUCACAAUCACUUUCCGCCCGACAUGCAGACUGACAAAAAAGAUCAUAUUUUGGAUCAAGGUUUAGCCAUGGGUGAAUUUGGACCUCCUUUGAAGCGUGGCCGCAUGACACCGCCCACCAGUGAACGGGUCAUGUUGUAUGUGAGACAAGAAAAUGAAGAUGUUUACACCCCCCUACAUGUUGUGCCACCCACCACCAUCGGCCUCUUAAAUGCGAUUGAAAAUAAAUAUAAAAUAUCCACAACGAGUAUAAAUAAUAUUUAUCGAACAAAUAAAAAGGGGAUUACGGCGAAAAUUGAUGAUGACAUGAUUUCGUAUUAUUGCAACGAAGACAUUUUCUUAUUGGAGGUGCAACAACUGGAGGAGGAAUUGUAUGAUAUAACGUUAACAGAAUUGCCAAACCACUGAUGGCAAAACAAUACGACUUCUCCUCCCACCAACAUAAGAGACUUGUUGAAACAGCAUUUCUUUUUUCAUUAAAAUAAUGUACGACGAUGUAAAAGAAAAAGGAAAACUAUCUUUUUGUUUAAUCUAAAGGAUUGAUGGAUGGAUGAUAUUCUUUUGUGUGUAUAUAGCCAUAAAAAUAGUAGUAAUAACAAUAAUAAUUAAUAAUGUUAACAAUUUAAUUAACAACAACAAAUCAACGUUUGAUUAACAUAUAAAUGUACAACAAUUAUUGAAGAGAAGCAGCAGCUCACUCCAACAUAUAGACCUACAAAUACUGAUGGACUCAAAGUUAAUGCACAAAUAAUCUAAAGGUUACAAUAAUAUAAACUACAAAAAAAAAAACAACAACAACAUCAUCAAGUAAAUUAUAUAAACUUUAUAUAUAUAUAUAUA